UGAGGAUGGUGUUGAGGAUGAGGAUGGUGUUGAGGAUGGUGUUGAGGAUGAGGAUGGUGUUGAGGAUGAGGAUGGUGUUGAGGAUGAGGAUGGUGUUGAGGAUGAUGUUGAGGAUGAGGAUGGUGUUGAGGAUGAGGAUGGUGUUGAGGAUGAGGAUGGUGUUGAGGAUGAGGAUGGUGUUGAGGAUGAUGUUGAGGAUGAGGAUGGUGUUGAGGAUGAGGAUGGUGUUGAGGAUAAGGAUGGUGUUGAGGAUGAUGUUGAGGAUGAGGAUGAUGUUGAGGAUGAGGAUGGUGUUGAGGAUGAGGAUGGUGUUGAGGAUGAGGAUGGUGUUGAGGAUGAGGAUGGUGUUGAGGAUGGUGUUGAGGAUGAGGAUGAUGUUGAGGAUGGUGAUGAGGAUGAUGUUGAGGAUGAGGAUGGUGUUGAGGAUGAGGAUGGUGUUGAGGAUGAGGAUGAUGUUGAGGAUGGUGUUGAGGAUGAGGAUGAUGUUGAGGAUGGUGUUGAGGAUGGUGUUGAGGAUGAGGAUGAUGUUGAGGAUGGUGUUGGGGAUGAGGAUGGUGUUGAGGAUGAGGAUGGUGUUGAGGAUGAUGUUGAGGAUGAGGAUGAUGUUGAGGAUGAGGAUGGUGUUGAGGAUGAUGUUGAGGAUGAGGAUGGUGUUGAGGAUGAGGAUGGUGUUGAAGAUGAGGAUGGUGUUGAGGAUGAUUUUUUUAUGGAUGAGGAUGAUGUUGAGGAUGAGGAUGGUGUUGAGGAUGAUUUUUUUAUGGAUGAGGAUGGUGUUGAGGAUGAGGAUGGUGUUGAGGAUGAAGAUGGUGUUGAGGAUGAUGUUGAGGAUGAGGAUGGUGUUGAGGAUGAGGAUGGUGUUAUGGAUGAGGAUGGUGUUGAGGAUGAGGAUGGUGUUGAGGAUGAUGUUGAGGAUGAGGAUGGUGUUGAGGAUGAGGAUGGUGUUGAGGAUGAUGUUGAGAUGGUGUUGAGGAUGAGGAUGGUGUUGAGGAUGAUGUUGAGGAUGAGGAUGGUGUUGAGGAUGAUGUUGAGGAUGAGGAUGGUGUUGAGGAUGAGGAUGGUGUUGAGGAUGAUGUUGAGGAUGGUGUUGAGGAUGAGGAUGGUGUUAUGGAUGAGGAUGGUGUUGAGGAUGAUGUUGAGGAUGAGGAUGGUGUUGAGGAUGAUGUUGAGGAUGAGGAUGGUGUUGAGGAUGAUGUUGAGGAUGAGGAUGGUGUUGAGGAUGAGGAUGGUGUUGAGGAUGAGGAUGGUGUUGAGGAUGAGGAUGGUGUUGAGGAUGAGGAUGGUGUUGAUGAUGAGGAUGAUGUUGAGGAUGAGGAUGGUGUUGAUGAUGAGGAUGAUGUUGAGGAUGAGGAUGGUGUUGAUGAUGAGGAUGAUGUUGAGGAUGGUGUUGAGGAUGAGGAUGGUGUUGAGGAUGAGGAUGGUGUUGAGGAUGAGGAUGGUGUUGAGGAUGAGGAUGGUGUUGAGGAUGAGGAUGGUGUUGAGGAUGAGGAUGGUGUUGAGGAUGAUGUUGAGGAUGAGAAUGAACCAAGAAUAUGAAUCCCUGCAGUCACGAAAGCUUUAAAUCAAAAGAUGAGGAUGGUGUUGAGGAGGGGAUUGAUGAGGCUGCCUGGGCGCUGCCACACGCAGGCCAGUGCCUUAGCCCACAGUUCGACAAGUGCCCUCAGCUAGUGCCGUGGGGAUCACGUGGGAACGGCGCCCGUUCCCCAGCUCUUCGCAGCCACUAACUCAUCUCUAGAAGCUCGCUUCAAACAUUUACGCUCCAUCAUGUAUCGCAAUAUAUAUUAUUGUAUCUAGCGCGCUUCAAUUGGGUGUAUUUCGUGAGCCAGCGAGUGACCGGAUGGCGGCAUGGUGAAGACCGAACGCCGUGAUAAAUCACCGUGGGCGUCCAGGUGCAGUGGUUUUUUUUUAUGUUUGUCGACAAAAAACGAGAGCACUUUUAAGGCAACCCGUCACCGGCAACCACGUCGGCUUGUCACGAGAAAUUGCCGGGCGGCGGGGGGAGGCGAGGGUUGGUGGAUCACGCGAACGUUCCCCGGCUCGCCGGCAGAAGGCGACAGAGCGGAAUGCGGACAAGCGUCAAUCCGGUCCAUCUGUGCAGGAUCGAGUGUUGCCCCCUCGCACGAGUCGAUUUCUCAGGCUACUCCGGUUCCCCUCCCACGUGCACGAAUACGCGUCGAUUAGCUGAACACAUCUUAAUACAUCAUGGGCCCCAAAUCUUGGGCAAUUGUUCGGAGCGCCGGGCUCGUCGCCGCUGCUGCCUUCCCGCUCGUCUGCGGCUCCUCCGCGCGUUACAAAUUUGUAAAGCAAAAAAGCGUUGCGAGAUGCAAAGUGCGUGACGCUCUGUGAAACUAACGCGUUGUGGUCAUGGAUGUCAUCGCCGAGCCACUUAGUUGCAUCUAGCCACGAGCUAAGGGGCCGUCCAUAAAUGACAUCACGCACCUAGGGGGGGACAUUUGUGACGAUGUGUGAUGAUGAGGGGGGGGGGUUUGAUAAAUG